UACCAUCUUUUCUCAAGAUGGCGACUUUCUGAGAGAAAAAAUAAAUAAAACAAAAUUAUUGUUUGAUAGCUUUCAAUAAUGUUUGGAAAGAAAAAAGGAGAAGCACCUCCUCCACCCAGAAGAAAAGGUGCUGAACUAAUGUCUCAGAUGGGAAUGGGUGGUUUAGGAGAUUUUGAAGCUCAACUGUAUGGGGACAUAGAUAAUGAUGAAGAUCUAGAGGCAGAGUUAAUGGCUUUACAGGGAAAACCACAGCCAGCAAAGAAAGCUAGACCAAGAGGUCCAGUGGGUGCUGCAGACUUUGAUCAGAUGAUUGCAGCCAGUAUGAAAGAUCUUGAUGAUGAAGAAUUGUCAGAUACUGAAGAUCCUGAACUGCUGAGUGAAUUGCAAGAGCUUGAAGGUGGCGGAGCAGAUGAAGAUAUUCCAGAGCCAGCCAGUGCUCCGACCUCGUCAGGUAGUGGUACGGGUAUGGUAGCCUUGCUAGAGGACAGAUUACAGAACUACAAGGAUGCUGUAGAAGCAGCUAAAUCUGUGGGAGAUACUUCAAAACAGAGGAGAACUGAUAGAGGAAUUAAGACUAUACAAGAUUUACUGAAGAAAGCCAAGCAGGGUAAACCUGUAGAUGAGGAUGAUAUUCCUCCGCAGGUAGCUGUCUCAGUGGCGAAACGUGCCCAACCUCCACCCCCGGCUACAGAUCCAACACCCGUACCCAUGUUCAGGCCAACUAUACCAGACGAGGCGCCCAAACCAACACCUGCCCCAAGAAAAGCAGCACCACCCCCUCCAGUGCAAGUACAGGAGCCCAGUACUUCAGGAGCGUCUUCACAAGCAGAAUCGUCAGACCACAGGAUGUUGGUAGAAAGACGUGAUCAGUAUAAGAAGGCAGCGUUGGCAGCGAAACACAGUGGUGAUAUGGCCACAGCCAGGAACUUUGUCAAAAUAUCAAAGCAAUUUGAUAAUGUGAUACAUGCACUGGACGCUGGUCAGCCUGUAGAUCUAACACAGAUGCCCCCACCCCCAGGACAGGCAGGUUCAAUACCAAAGUCCCAUGCUGAGGCAGUAGCAGGUCCAUCUGGGUCGAGAGUCCAGCAGGAGUCCCUUCAACGAGGAAGAGAUGGACCAGCAGAACCAGUACAUGUACCGCCACCUCCAUCAGAAGAAGAUGAGAGGGCAAUAUUUCAAGCCCCCAAUGCACCUAAGACAACAAUGGAGGCACUAACACAGAGAUUGGAUAAAUAUAAGAAUGCUGAACAACAAGCGAAGGAAGAGGGAAAUAACAGUAAAUCCAGGAGAAUGGGUAGAAUUACUAAACAAUACCAAGAGGCCAUUAAGUUAUAUAAAGCUGGGAAACCUGUAGAUUUUGAUGAGUUACCUACCCCUCCAGGAUAUGCACCAAUCCCAACUGGGCCAGCUCCUGCCCCAUCUCCACAAGCUAGACCUGCUCCUAGUCCCAGCUCCAGUAGCAACUCCCUACAGGCUCCUGCAGGCAGGGGUCAGCAGGCUUCACCACAAGCAAGUCAGAGAUUGCCACAGCCACAGAGGUCACCUCAACCACAGAGGUCACCUGGGCCAGCUCAUAAUCAAGAAUCACCAGGGAAACAAGCUCACGGGAGCCAAAAAGCCUCACAGAAGCAAAGGUUUAUGAAAAGAACAAUGUCAUUGAGAGCAGAUCAGCAGACGCAGUUUUUGAAAGAGAGGAUGCAGGAAUACAAAAAUGCGGCCAUUAAUGCGAAGAAGAACAAUGAUAUAGCACUAGCUAAACAAUAUCUCAGAAUGGCAAAGGGCUUUGAACCAAUGAUAGAUGCCUCAGAAAGUGGUCUACCUGUAGAUCUAACACAGGUACCACCAUCAUUAGAUACUGAAGAAGACAACCCUAGUUUUGUUAUGGUUUCCAAAGAAGAAUGUGAACUGUCUGGGGACAGAGAGGAAGUCUUUGAAAAACUGAAGCAGGAUCUGAUAGCACAAAUUAGGACUUGCACAGCAAAUAAUACACACUUUUCGAAAUUAGGAGAUAUUAUGAGUGCUAACAAAUUCCAGAAAAUGGAAAGUGGUUUACGGAAAGACUUAGAUGCUUUAAAGAAUGCUUUACGGCAUAAAGAUCCAGUACCAAAAUUUCAUUAUGAAAAUAGAACAUUUUCUAUGGUGCAAUGUAACACAGAUUUAGGGGACAAUGAUUUAGAGAUGACAGUAGUUCGUGGUGUGCAAUAUAACCCUCCAUCAGGAUAUGCAGAGAAAGAUUUAGACACAUAUAUCAAAUAUGAGUUCCCUUUUCCUACAGAUGAUCCACAGACUGGACAAACCGAAACAGUUAAAAGUUCAUUAAAUCCAGAAUAUCAGGAACCUGUCAAGUUCAACAUGAAUAGAAAAUCUAGAGCCUUAGUGCGAGUUAUAGAAAGAAAAACACUUAAGUUAGAAGUUUAUUAUAAAAGAGGGUUUUUAAAGAGUGAUAAGCCAUUAGGUACAGUAAAUGUGAAGUUACUACCACUAGAAACACAGUGCACAGUACAUGACAGCUAUGAUUUAACAGAUGGACGUAAAUCUGUAGGCGGGAAAUUAGAGGUCAAAGUUCGUAUCAGGGACCCUUUCAAAAGCAAACAAGUAGAAGAAGUAAAGGAGAAAUGGCUCGUGAUUGACCAGUUUAUCAAAACCCUUGAUACACCACAACCUGUUCAAGGUGGAGGCAGAAAGGGACCAGCAGCAGGAUCAACUUGUAUGGAAGUAUUGAAAUAUGAGAGACAACAGCUGGAUAAACAGAUAUCUGGAUUACGAGACAGUUUAAGUGCCACCCAGUUGAAUGCCCUUAAUGCUAAAAGUAAACUACUGCAGCAGAAGAUAGAACAACAAGCAGCAUCACUUAAAGCUGGUGGAGUAGAGGCAUGGAAAGAGUAUGUGAAAGUUGUGGAAGAAGAUAUUUUAGCAUACACUGACGAAGGUAAACAGUUUGCUCAACAGGGAGACAUGCAGAAAGCACAACUUAUGCUCACUAAGAAAAAACUGGCAGAAAAAGAGGUAGCAGCAAUUAGAACAAAAAUACCAAAUAUAUGAGUGGACAAAAACUUGACGUAUUGUUAGGAGCAAGGACGGAGAAGUGUCUUCUGACAAUGUGCCUGUCUGUACACAAAUUAUACGGACAACUGUUGAAUACAAUAGUGGCUACAGUGCUUUGCUAUUUCAAAUCAUUUUUAGCUCACCUGUCACAUAGUGACAAGGUGAGCUUUUGUGAUCACCCUUCAUCCAUCGUCAGUCCAUCCGUCCGUCCGUCCGUCCGUCAACAGUUUCUUGUCUGCACGAUAGUGGUUUCAUUUAUGAUUUUAUUUUAACCAAACUUGCACACAACUUGUAUCACCAUAAGAUCUCGGUUCCUUUCUUGAACUGGCCAGAUCCCGUUAUGGGUUCCAGAGUUAUGACCCCUGAAAGGGCCAAAAUUUGCUAUUUUGAGCUUGUCUGCACAAUAGCAGCUUUAUUUAUGAUUUGAUUUUUACCAAACUUGCACACAACUUGUAUUACCAUAAGAUCUUGGUUCCUUCCUGAAACUGGCCAGAUUCCAUUAUGUGUUCCAGUUAUGGCCCCUGAAAGGCCGAAAAUUAGCUAUUUUGACCUUGUCUGCACAAUAGCAGCUUUAUUUAUGAUUUGAUUUUUACCAAACUUGCACACAACUUGUAUCACCAUAAGAUCUUGGUUCCUUUCUGGAACUGGCAAGCUUCCAUUAUGGGUUCCAGAGUUAUGGCUCCUGAAGGGGUCAAAAUUAGCUAUUUUGACCUUGUCUGCACAAUAGCAGCUUCAUUUAUGAUUUUAUUUUUAUCAAACUUGCACACAACUUGUGUCACCAUAAGAUCUUGGUUCCUUUCUUGAACCGGCCAGAUCCCAUGAUGGGUUCCAGAGUUAUGGCCCCUGAAGGGGUCAAAAUUAGCUAUUUUGACCUUGUCUGCACAAUAGCAGCUUCAUUUAUGAUUUGAAUUUAAUCAGACUUGCACAAAACUUGUGUCACCAAAAGAUCUUGGUUCCAUUCUUGAACCGGCCAGAUCCCAGAAUGGGUUCCAGAGUUAUGGCCCCUGUAAGGGCCAAAAUUGGCUAUUUUGACCUUUUCUGCACAAUAGCAGCUUCAUUUAUGAUUUGAUUUUAACCAAACUUGCACACAACUUGUAUCACCAUAAGAUCUCGAUUCUUUUUUAUACGCCCGCAGGGACGUAUUAUGUUAUUGCCUCGGUGUCCGUCUGUCUGUCUGUGUGUUGGUUAGCAAUUUCCUUUCAGCUCUGUAACUCUUGAACCCCUUGAUGGAUUUCAGAGAAACCUGACACAAAUAUUCACUCAUUGAAAGGAUGUGCAGAGCGCAUGUUUCGGAUGGCUGAAUUCAAUGUCAAGGUCACACUUAGGGGUCAAAGGUCAUAUGACUUUGUUUUAUGUGAAUAUUGUUCUGCAUUUGCUUUGCAUUGCAGUGCUCUUGUUUUUAUUUGGCAGAUCCUUCUUUUGUUCGCUUACAAUAUUUUUUUUUUAUUACUUCCCUUUUAUGUUACUAUGAAUAGCUUAUUUAGUAACUUUUUCAUUAUUGGCCGUAGGGAAAAACUGAGACUACUUUUCUGUCAUACAACAUGGAUGGUACCUCCAGUUUUUAGGCGUAUUUUGACAUAUCUGUACCUUGUAAGAAUUUUUUCUUUUUGUUUUUGGUUAAACCAGUGGUACUCAGGUGAGUGAUAUAGGGCAACCAUGGCCCUCUUGUUAAUGUAUGACAUGCUUAUUUUUUACUCUGUCAUGUUUUACAAGAAUAGUUUAAUACACUGUAUAAAUGCAUUGAAGUGUGUUAGGACAUGAUUUCUUUCCGGAGAGAUCGAGUUUUCAAAAUUUCCACAGCCCUGGCUAUUAGUAAAGUCUAGUGUCAUUCAUCUUGCUAGAUAUACCUAUAGCUUUUUUUUUUUUAUUUAGACUUGUAUUUUACUUAAUGGAAGCUAGAUACCAAGUGUGACUUUAUUACCUUAUUCAGGGUAUGUUCAGAUUUAAACUCAAAUGUCCUGUACUGUUUGUUCAUAAAACAUGUAGCGAUUCCAGAAUAUGUUAUUUUUCCAUGUAAUAAUGAGAAAAGUGUACUUUAUCUCGAAUUGAGAGUGUGAAAUAAUUCCAUUUAGUUUACAAAAUUGUGUAAAAUGCAAAAUGUUUGUUGAUCGUAAGUUUAAAUGUUGUAAAAUGUUAGAGAAAGAUGCUUUGCUUUUACUUCAUGAUUUUCUGACUUACAUUCGGCAACACUGUCACUUAUUGGUUGUACAACAGUAGGUAAAUGAAGACAGUUUUGAAUUGCAAAAUAAUUAUGACAAGUGUUUUAUGACUGUAUACUUUUAGAUUCAGUUAAAUUUGCAGUGUCCUAACUUUGAGAACACAGAUAUGUAGGUACUUGUUGGAAUCUUAGUCACCCAGAUAGACUGUUAUAAACUACACAUAAUGGUAUGUAAAUCUAACAUUCACUGCUGCAGUGGGCUUUAAAAGUUGGAUAUCUUCAUUAACAGAAUUUGAUCAAACAAUUAUAUCUGAUGGUGAAAAAUAAAAGAAGUAAAGGCUAAUUUUAAUUAUUUGUUAAGUGUUUUUUUUUUCUAGUAUACCAUGUGCUUAAUGUGAACAAUGCUAGGUUAUUUGAUUUGUACUAAGAAAUGUACACAAGUUCUGUAGUGGAGAUAUUGCCUGACUGUAGGAAUGCAAUAUUAUUCCACGAAAGAGUUAGUACAUAUUUCUCCAUACAAAGCUAAUAAUCUGUUAAUUACAUACACUUCUAUAUUUUGUUGUUAUUGUAUAAAUUAUAUAAAUUUGGCCAGAGUAACACUGAAAAUAUUGCCAUAUUGUUAUAUUAUUCUAUUUGUUUUGUUUUAUAUUCUGAAUUAGUACAUUAUAUUGUUGUGAAAAAAAAACUCUGAAAAAAUAGCACGUAUGUUUUUAUUUCUGUACAAAAAUGCGUUAUUUAUUACAAUAGGAUUACAAUUAAUGAAUAAUAAUAAAAUUUAAAGAUGAA